AUGCGGCGUAGGCUUCGCCCCGCGCUCUCGCUGGCUCUGCUCGUGCUGCUGUAUGGACCACCGCCCGGAGCCCGACCCUCCGGGGUCCCUACACACGGUGAGCCCCCGUUCCCGCGAAGUGCGGCGCCGACGUCGAAGCCGCUUGUGGGCCGGGUAGGUUCCCUCACAUUUGAGCGCUCGGGCGCCGUCACGGCCGAAGCUAGUAACUGCGCCUGCGCGUGGAGUACGCUUCACCCUCUCUGAACUACAACUCCCGGCAGCCUCCAGUACAAAGCAGGUGGCGUUUCGGGUGUCCGAUGUGAAGGCGUGAUCCUUCACGUGGGAAUCGGGCAACGGAUUUGCACGCGGUGGUUUGUGUAGAGUUUGAGGCACGUGGAGCUGCUUGUGAGAGUACAUUUCUAGGCAGAGGGACGGGGAAUUGCCGUAGUUAAGGUUUAAGUCGCAGCGGAAAGAUAUUUUUGAAGCGCGUCUCUGCACGGACACGCUUUUUGCAAAGGGCAUCAUUAAGCCGUGUUACGUCCAACGUUGCCCUGUGUCGGCAUUUGUCCUAAUUUGCCCAAGUUCGAAGAGAAGCGCACGUCAGCGGCAGCACCCACUUUGAGGUGCUGUUUCAAGGGCGCUGCUUCCACAGCCUCUGGGCUUUUGUGCAAGGACAAUGUGAUGAUCUUAACAAUGUGAUCAUAACCCGGUUUAUCUUGACGUUACAUUGAUAGCAGGCAUUUUUUGUGAAGGCGGGGGGGAGGGGUGAAGUGUAUGCCAAUCAGUAUGAUGUAGCCUGUUAGCAUUGAACUAUGGCUGGGGAGGGGAUGCGGGUGGCAUUGUGGGUUAAACCACAGAGCCUAGGACCUGCCAAUCAGAAGGUCUGCAGUUCGAAUCCCUGCAACGGUGUGAGCUCUUGUUGCUCGGUCCCUGCUCCUGCCAACCUAGCAGUUCAAAAGCACAUCAAAGUGCAAGUAGAUAAAUAGGUACUGCUCUGGCGGGAAGGUAAACGGUGUUUCCGUGCGCUGCUCUGGUUCGCCAGAAGCGGCUUAGUCAUGCUGGCCACAUGACCCGGAAGCUGUACGCUGGCUCCCUCGGCCAAUAAAGCAAGAUGAGUUGAGUGCCGCAACCCCAGAGUUGGUCACGACUGGACCUAAUGGUCAGGGGUCCCUUUACCUUUAUGGCUGGGGAGACCUGAGUUCAAAUAGACACCAAGAGAGCAAUCUUAAGGAGUUAAUGGAACUGGACUGACCAAGCUGAGUGAAGCUCCAAGUUCAGCAUAGGCUGUCCAGCCCUAAAAAUGGACAGCCUAUGUUGAACUUGGAUCUUCACUCAACUUGGUCAGACAAGUACCAUUAACUCCUUAUACUUAAGAUAUAUAGCCCAACUCCUCCAUGAAUUGACCAGCUGACCUGGAGAUCCACUGGAUUUUAAUUUGCACAUCCUGUGGAUCUUGGGUUUGGAUUGUCCCCUAAGCCACCAAGCUCCCUGAGCAUGACAAUGCUGUUGUGUGGAUAACAUGAGGAGGGAAGACUAUGAAUACUGCCCUGAUACUGAAUAAACUGUAGUAUAUAAACAAAGCACAUGGAUUAUGCUGUCUUUUGAACAUUGGGAUAUCAUCCUGCAAGUAUGUGUCCUUUUAUUCUGAGAAACAAAGAAGCUGUGAAAUUAUUUUGGAUUCACUUCUGAUAACAAGGGAUGGUGAGUCAAAAUGGGUUUGCUUCAGCUCUCCAACAGGUGGCCUGUUUAGGGAAUUGCUGUACUGAACCAAUCAGUUUAAAGCAGUGGCUCUAAGCAUUUUGCUGGAUGCAGAUUGUAUUUUAUGGAACACUUAAAUACAUUGCAUCUCACCAAUAUAACUGUGUUUUGUUUUUUAGGUUGUGGAACAAGGCCUCUUAUAGAUGAGAAAAAAACUGGGACUCAGAUAGUAGGUGAUAAUGAGGCUCAGCUCGGGUCAUGGCCAUGGCUUGUUAGUCUUCAAAUUUAUCGUGUUUUUCAAGGCGGGUAUCGUCAUAGAUGUUGUGGAUCUUUAAUUAGUAACAACUUAGUAUUGACAGCAGCACACUGCAUUAAAGAAUGGGUGUAUGUAUCUUUAUAUUUUAUCUUGUCCGUUUUAGGUAUAAUGGAAAAAAUGUGUGGGUUCUUCCCCCCCCCUCUUUUUUCUUGGUUGCUUGGCUAUAGCCUGUCUUGAUGUCAGUAUUCUGUGAACAUCGUUUUGGUAGGCUUCUCACAAAUCUUAAAUAAUAUUAUCAUUUUAUGAAUACAGUUUCCGAAAACAUACUCAGAGUAAGCUAUGUUUAAAUCAUGGGUCCAGUGCUUUAGAAUUACUGCAUACUGUAUAAGAAUGUAUUUUACGCUAUUUGAGAUUUUUGUGUACUUUACAAGUCACUUACGCUGCUGCCAGGUGUGUUGAGUGGCACCUUCAAUUGUCCAUGUUAUCCAAGUGAUGUGUCAUCUCAUGAAGACCUGUGUAAUUGAUCCAGUGCCAUCAGUUCAACACUAUCUCAAAUAAUAUUCAAUCUUUCUUACAUUUUCCAAAUGGAAUAAGGAUGGCAGGUUACACUGGAUCUGAAGCGUGUGAUUUAGAACUUAAAGAUGCACAAGUUCUGAAUGGUGAUUCAUACAACCAUCUUGAAGAACUUCCAUGGGGGGGGGCGUUUAUUGAUUUCACUGGACCUUAUGAAGGUGUAGCUACACAUGGUGAUUCAACAACUUCAUCACCAGUAUGUGAGGUUACUAGGCAGCUUAGCUUAUACAUGGUAUUCUCAGCACUUAUCCCAUCCUGCCAGGUUCUUAUACUGUGUUUCAAGGGUGAUUCUGGACUUUGAGCAGCAGUUGCCAAUACCAAAUAACUCUUUAUGAAGCUUCACUCACUCAAUUUCAAAAAAGCCUUACCAUGCAGUGUGAGACAACUGCUGCUCAAUGAACACAAGGUUAAAUUACCUGUUGAGCACAUAGAACUUUCUCUGAUUCUGAUUAGAGCUUCCAUGAGGAAUUACAAUGGUACCUUGGUUCUCAAACAUAAUCCGUUCCGUAAGACCAGGGGUGCCAAACUCAAAUUCAUCGGGGGCCGCAUCAGCAGUUUGGUCACCCUCAAAGGGCCGCUUGUAUCUUUAGGAGGUUUCCUGAAUGCGUGUAAAGUGGAGGUUUCCUGUGUAGAACGGCCGGCACCGCUGGAGGGCAGACGUUCUCUGGCUUGUAGGCUGCCACGCAGGCGCUGAAGAGGCGGCUUUCUUGUGUAAAAAAAAAAAAAGCGAGAAUAAAAGGUGAAGGCUGGUGGCCGCCGGCGGCUACACGGGCCACAUGACAAGGUCUGGCGGGCCGGAUUCGGCCCGCGGGCCUUGUGUUUGACACCCGUGUGUAAGACCAUUUGACUUCCAAAACAUUUGAUAACUGAGGUGCAAAGGGCUGGCUGCAAGUUCAAAGAAGAAAAAUGAAAAACAUGCAGCAGAAGCUGUUCGACUUCCAAGGCACGUUUGAAAAUGGAAGCGUUUACUUCUGGGUUUUCGGCGUUUGGGUUCGGAAAGGUUCGUCAACGGAGAUGUUUGAGAACCGAGGUACCACUGUAUUGUAGCCAUAAAAUCAAUCCCCUGCUGAAUGAAAAGCCAGUUAUAACAUUGCUAUUUGUAUGGAAUAGUUUGCCAAAAUAAUUUCUAUUAUUUUUUGUUUAUGGGGAGUAUUUGAAGUGGAAUUAUUACUGCAUGUUUUGAGCUUUCUUAUGGUGUUGCUCAAAGUUAAAAUUCUCUUAAGCAGCAAUUUUGUAUUAACCAUACAAGGGUUUUUUUUUGUCCUAGGAACCCGGAGUACUGGAGAGUUGUGAUUGGCUUACGUCAUCUUUAUAAACGUCAUUCUCAUACUAUAAAUCGCCGGGUGAGAGAAAUUGUGGUCCAUUCUCAUUUCAAAGUGAACAGCUAUGACAAUGACAUUGCCUUAUUUGAAUUAAUAAAGUUUGUCGAAUACGAUGACUAUAUUCAGCCCAUCUGCUUACCUGACAUUCCUCUUCUAGUGACAGACAAGAACCCAUGUUAUAUAAGUGGAUGGGUGGGAAAAGAGGAGAAAGGUAAAUCUUUUGUUUCUGUCCCUUCUGAAUAAUCUAAUAUUAGUUUAGUGCAGUGUUUCCCAAACUUGGGUCUCCAGCUAUUUUCGGACUUUAAUUCCCAUCAUCCCUGACCACUGGUUUUGCUACCUAGGGAUGAUAGGAGUUGUAGUCCAAAAGCAGCUGGAGACCCAAGUUUGAGAAACACUGUUUUAGUGAACACAGAAAGCUUUGUUGAUAUCAAUACAUUGAGAUUUAUAUCACCUGAGGAAAACCUGGGUUUUGCUUGCUGCUGGCUGUCAGGAUGAUACAUAAAUUUAUUGAAGUUCAGUUUUGUUCCUAGUCUCAUUAUUGACUGGGCAAUGUUUUUUGGGGGAGGGGGACCCCAAACCCUUGAAAAAGCCAAACAAUUAAAAACCGGGGGCAGGGAUUGAACAUGUGGGCUCUGUGGCCCUACCUAAACUCAACCACCGUCAGUCUCUGCAGUGUUGUCACUUUUUACAUCCUGUACUCUUUCUGCCCCGAAGUGAAUAGAGGUGGGGGGCUUGCAGCCUUUUGGAACUGAGUUUUGAAAGGAGGAAUGCUCAGCAUACAUGCAGCCCAGCAGAGAACUUUGAAGUCUGGUUUCUAUCUGUAUUUUCACUGUGUCCAUUUGUUAGUAGGUAUCUUUUGCAGGUGCCAGAGGGUGCUUGCAGGUGCAAUGGUGUCCCCCACAGAUGUAGCCCACGGCCAGCAAUUAUACCACAAAUUGUACUUGCUUACAAGUUAACCUCCUCACACGCACACUUUUACAUGAUCUUUCAUCCCAAAUCCAGGUGGGGUGGGUGGAGUGCCUCAGAAGAGAUGCCCAAAAUUGUCCUGGUCCUGUAUUGCCUUAUGAAACAUCUCAGCCUUAUUAUACUGCUAGAAGUCUCCUCCUGUGGUUGACCCUUGUCUGUUUGUUGCUUAUAUCAGUAGCUGGCAGGAUGUGUUAAAGUGGGAAAUUGUGGACUCCUGAUUCAGUAGGGGCAAGAAUGAUUCCGUUGCUAAUGACUUUGGAGGUGUAGCCCUGUUUCCCAGCACCAUUUGUUGUUGUUGUUUAGUCGUUUAGUCGUGUCCGACUCUUCGUGACCCCAUGGACCAGAGCACGCCAGGCACUCCUGUCUUCCACUGCCUCCCACAGUUUGGUCAGACUCAUGUUUGUAUCUUCGAGAACAAACAUGCACCAUUACAAAUGAUUAUUUUCUCUGAUGUCUGAGAAGUAUAUCCAACCUUUCCUAUGGCCUCUAGAAUAUCCUCAAAGGUACCAUAGAAUUGCACUGUAUUAAUGUAUGAAUUGUUAUCCAUAUGCAUGAUGUGGUCUCGACUUAUUGCACCAUCUUUACCCCCAGGCACACAGGCUGCUCACUUAAAGAUUGCAUCAUUGGAAAGAUAUAAAAGGAAAGUACCACAGUAAAGAAAAAUAGAAAUACAGCAGCCUGCCAAUCUCAUGUACUGUUAACAAAAUACAAAAAAAGAACCACCACAGGUCACAUGGUAUGACAGUCACACAAGGAUAAAUGAGAUCCCAUCUACAGUUUCAUGUUUUAGCUGACAAAAUUUUCUAUUUCUCCAAAAUGUUAGAAGAAAUUCUAAGCCUUGUUUGAUAACACAUGUAGAUUCUGCACAAGGGGAUGAAGGUCUGCUGCAUCAGGCUUAUAACAUUUGUACUGGACCCAGAAGGUUGAACACAAACAUACUUCCAGUAAUACUUUGUGUUUUCUUUACAGGUGAUUUGAAAUAUAUAUUACAAGAAUCUCAGGUAGACAUUAUACCACUGUACAUCUGUGCCAGACAUCCCUGGUAUUCAGGGCAUGGAAUAUCAAGGGAUGUAAUUUGUGCUGACUCUGCAAGCGGACACGAAAACACCUGUCAGGUAAAACAGAGAUAUUUCCACUGUAAACCAUGUUGCCAACAGAUGCUGUCAUGUGGCUUGCUUAGACAAAUUAUAUUGCCCAGUAGGAUGUCAAAGUAGCCCUAAGUAAAUUUACAAAGUAAAAAUUAAGAUUACAUUGUGUGAUAAAGUAGGCAAUAGAGACAUCCAUGUAAAAUUCAAUUGAGAUAAUAUUGUUUGUGAACGUGCUCUCAGCACUGUAAAAAUCUAGAACACACACAAGUUCUUGUCUGCAGAUUCAUAGACUUAGAAAGGGUGGGGAGGAGAGGGGACAUGAAGGGGGAAAGGGCAAGUACUUUUUGUACUAUAGAUAUGGAAAGAAACUGAUUCCAGUUGUGGUUGAAAACAUGUUACCAUUAAUACCAUUUUUUCAUCAAAUAUAACUAUAGUAAGCUUGUGCACAUUCAGUUAUAUGUAUGUGGCAAAAAAUAAAAAGGGGAUGGGGUUCCGGGAAAAAUGAUUUUGGCUGCCCCACCUGCCAAUGAACCCAGCGGGUUUUGACUCUACAUAAUUUUGGCUUUAGGCGUGAUCCCUGGAAUGUAACCCCCACAUAAGUUGCAGACCUUCUUUAGCUGAGUGGUGAAAGGGUAAGAUUAGAGGAGCCAUUUUUCCCCCCUAAUUUGAACACUUGUACCACUUUGCUUCCAAACAAGAAAGCAACGUGAAAGCAAAAAGGGGUGUUUGUGUGUGUCUUUCACAUAAUCUGUGCAUCACCAUCACCACCACCAUGUUAUGAGAGCUAAGAAUUGUUAGAACAUAUUGUAUUCUUAGGAUUUUCGCUUGAUUUUAAGUCUUAAGUUUAUUGACCAUGUAGCUGGACUCUUCAGAACACAUCAUAAGGUUUUGUAAGCAACUUAUCUGCAGGUACUAUAACCCAGCCAAAGUGAGAUUACCCAAUCAAAGAUUUCAAGAUUUACCGGUAUCUGUGUUUCCUAGAAAGCAUUGUUUUCUUUUGACAUGAAAUGCACUGUUCAGACUAAUUAGUUUGUGUAUGUGAACCCGGUCUUCGAGUGGGUGUUUGAUUUUCGUUGUUGUGUAUACUGUGUAUAUACGGACAAUGACAAUAAAUUUAUCUCAAUAGUUUACAGUCCCCUCUGCAUACUAAAACUUUAAAAUACUAUAAGCAACACUCAAAUUUUCAUUUUAUAUUUUUCAUGUUCCAGGGGGACAGUGGUGGACCUUUGAUGUGCUAUUUCCCAAAUGUUUCCAAAUAUUAUUUGAUAGGAAUCACCAUCUCAAGCGUUAGCUGUGGCCAGCAAAAGUAUCCAGGAAUCUAUCUUGGUACAAGUCAUUUUUCAGACUGGAUAGUUUCACAUCUACGUGGUAGAACCAGCACUGUGAACAUUAAGUGUGUCCUGAUCUUUUUGACUGUGAAGUGGGUAACCUUUCACCUUGUUCUAUAA